UUUGGUUUCGUGCUUCUGUGCAUCCGAUUGGAUCCUUUCGAUUUGGUUCGUUCUUGUGUCCAGGGAGAUUCUUGCAUCUGCUGGUGCUGUACAUGCAUGGGCUGCUUCUUGACAAGUUCUUGGCUCCUGAGCGCAGCUUGGGAGUUCAAAUCUUGCUGACCUCUGUGUGGUAUUUGGGGUUGGUGGUUAGGUGCUUCAAUACAUCUAACCUAGAGAACAUCAGAGAGAGCAUUUGAGGUGGUUGCUGCCCAGCCCAACUAAGCAAGUUCAGCUCCAGCCUCUGACUUUCUUGUGAGAAGGCGCAACACAAUGAUGAGCUUCACGAGCCAUGAGGGGUUUGGGCAGGUCGCCGCCGCCAACUCCAAUGGAGCUUCGUUGCCAUGGUGGACAGCGGCGCCUCAGCUGCUGUACGGCGAGCCGUUGGGCCAGGGGAAGCCGCCGGCCAUGUCGCCGGAGGAGGCGUGCCGGGAGAGCCGGUUCCAGGUUGUGCCGGGAGCUCAGGCGCUGCUGGAUCCUCCGGUGCCACCGCUGAAGGCCGCCCAUCCGGAGAGGGGGCUCCCUAAUGUCCUGAAGUUCUCCAUGGCUCAAGGUAAAGGGGAGAAAGGUUCUGAGCAUUCUGCCAGUGUUGCUUUGCGAUCUCCAUUUGCAAUAUAUAAUGGUCAUUUUGAGCUGGGCCUUGGUCAAUCAAUGGUCUCCUCUAAUAAUCCUUAUGCUGACCAGCACUAUGGCCUGCUUUCUCCUUAUGCAAUGGGAGCAACGUCUGGCGGGUGUAUGCUUAUACCACUGGAUAUGCCAUCUGAUGCCCCAAUUUAUGUGAAUGCCAAACAAUAUGAAGGCAUCAUUCGGCGCCGACGCGCCCGUGCUAAGGCGGAGAGAGAAAAUAAGCUGGUCAAAGUCAGAAAGGUAUAUCUCACCUCUCAAAACUUUUGUAUGAAUGAUUUGUUCUGUUGUUUUCUACCAUCCAUGUCAGUGCUUUUGAUGAUGCAGCCAUAUCUCCAUGAGUCCCGUCAUCUUCAUGCACUGCGUCGCGCAAGAGGCUCUGGUGGACGCUUCCUGAACACAAAGAAAGAGGUCAGCGGGGAGGACGCUGGUGUAGGGAGCAAGGCAGCGGUCAGCAACGCGGUAAUGCGCCAUGCUGCAUCUCCAAGUUCAGAGAUCCAGCAGUCAGACCUGGGCAACCCAAGCAGCGUCUCCAGCCUGUCUGGCUCAGAGGUGACAAGCAUGUACGAUCAUGAAGAUGUGGAUCACUACCACAGCUUCGAUCACCUCCGGACACCCUUCUUCACCCCACUCCCGAGCAUCAUGGACGGCGAGCAUGGGGUCGGUAACCCCUUCAAGUGGGCAGCAGCCUCUGAAGGCUGCUGCGACCUCCUCAAAGCAUGACUGGAGGGGAUACCGGGCAGCCGAAUGCAAGGAUGAGCAGCAUCGUUUGGCUGUCGGUAGGCAAAUCAUUCUUGGCUCAAGGCAUUGUGGUGCUUUCCGCUCAUCGCCUAAUUCUCCUAGAAAUUCUGGCACUAGUUUCUGGGAUCGUGUGGUGAGUGCAACACCCCAUGCCUGAAAAAUCUGAUCUAAAUUAGUCAUCCUAGCUACCGUUAUGUAGAUCGUUUCGCGGUAGCAGGUUUCACCUUAGUUUUCUGAAUAAAUCCUGGAACUUCGGACUAGUCGAAGUUUCAGAGGUACUGGCAUUGGAGUCUGAUCAGUGUCAAGACUAUGGCUUUGUUGGUGAUGAAUUCUGGUAUUCUUGAAGCUUUGUGUGGACUUGGAUUGUAUGCACUUUAUGGUGUGUUGAAAACUUGAACUUGGUAAUGUAAUAAUUAUUGGUACACUUGGACUUGGAUUGCAUUCUGUUCUAUUACUGUGC